GCGAGAGGGAGGUGGAAAAGAAAGGGCACAGAAAGGAACGUGAGAAGACAGAUGAUUCCAACACGGAACAGGACCACGGGGUGGCUUGGGUGAUGAGACAGCGAAUGGGAGAGGGGAGGACAACCCUUUGGGAAAUACCCAGAGAAGGAAGAGCCACUACAAGCCAGAUGGCCAUAGGUAAGAGGGCAGCUGCUGCUACCUGCCUCAGAGGAAAAGAGAGGCAGAGGACUACUACGAGUAAAGGAGAGGGAGAGGGCAGGAGAUGGAUAGAGCAGGACCGAAUUGUGGGGGAGAGGGAGAGAGAGAAGACAGCUGAGGGACAGAGAGAGUUGGGAGAGGUCAGGGAGAGAGAUAGGAGGACUAGUACAGAAUGGGAAAGGGAGAGAGAAACUGAGACGCCAAGGGAGCUGGAGAGCGAGAAGGAAAGAGAGAGGCAUUUGAGAAGAUACCACCAGCAGCUUCAGCAGAUGCAGUGGCUCCAGCAGCCUCUGCCUGCCUCUCCGUCUGUCUGCCGCGGUGUGGAGGAGCUGCUGGCUGGGUACAGGGCCACUGCUGGGGCCGGGGGAGACCACCUCCCGCUCCGGGGGGAAGGGACCGCAGGGGUCACAGUGGAGGCAAAGGGGAGGGGACAGAGUCACCUCUCUAACAACACGUCUCAGAGCCACUGCCACAAUGGCGAUAAUGAUGAUGAUAAUGAAGGAGAUAAUGAUGGUAGUGGAGAGCACAUCCUCAAAUGUCUCUUCCUCGGGGUUGGAUCAGUGCUGUCUACCAUCAGCAGGCUGGAUGACAGAGGGACAGGAGGAGAAGGAGUGGAGAGAGGGAGUGGGGACGAAUGGGGGUCACCCAAGGAGGAGGAGAGAGGGAGAUGGGCAUGGCCAGAGUGUAGAGUGGUCGAGUCAGAAGAGGGCGGCAGGUGGACAGGGGCUGUGUUGCGUCUUGGGGAGGAGGAACGGUUAACAUCUAGCCUCCGUGGGGCAUUUGAGAGGAGGGGGUGGGCAGGGGAACACAAGGAGAGAGGAGAAGAGGACAUGCUGCUGGGGGCUGAAUGGAGCACAGAGGAGGAAGGAGAGGUUGCCGUUAAUGACUUCACCCACGGCUCCACAGACAGCAACAGUGACAACGACAGCUUUUACCGACACUGCAGCCACCACGCUCCGGCCGAGAGGCCCCUCUCUCCACCCCCGCCCCCAGCCAAGCUCAACGACCUGUCCCUGGAGUCCAAGCACAUCAACCAGAGCUCCAGUGGCCUGUGCCUACACUUCCAAAAUGUCCCCAUUUGCCCCUGCCAGCAGGGAGUACCACUGAGCCCCAGAAAGAGGACAGCGCUACCAGGUGCUGAGCUGCUACGUCUUAUAGACCCUGCCACCCCCCUUCUGUCCUUUGUGCAAACGGGGAGGGGAGCGGCGGAUGGCACCACAAGGCUUCUCCCUGAGAGCCAAAAUAAUUCUGGAGUUGUGGCUCAAAUGCCCCCUUCUUCACCACCACACUGUGAGUCCUCGGGUGAUUCAUCUAGAUGCACCAUGGACCCCCUCUCACUUUCCUUGCUUCAAGUAGACAGGCUGGCAGCCACAGACUCCUUCCUCUGCCAGCAGGUACCACACAGCACCUACUCCCCCUCCCUCCUGCCUAGGGAAGGUAGAAAGGGAAAAGGGGUGGUGGACGGUGGCCAGUCUCUAGUACCCACUCUAGUGAUAGAUGGGAAGAGUGGUGAAGGCCACAUGGAUCAGAGGAGAUCCAAGAUGGACGCUGCUCCUCUCUGGAGAAUGGCUAUGACCAAACCAUCUGCCCCUGUGGUCUCCUUGGUGUCUGUCCAAGACCAAAGAGGAAUCCUGAAAACCCCAGCCCAGUUAGGGAGGGAGGUCCUAGGCUCCUGACUCUACAUGUCCCCCUGGCCCUUCUCCACACUUCCACUCACCACACAACCUCACUGUAUCCAAUACACACACAACCAAGUGCUCCCAAGGCCCAGUCCAGCCCAACACACAAACUUCACACCCUUUGCCUUCCACCCAUGUACCACAACAUACACAUAAGCAUCCCAUCGCGACUAAACACACAUUUCAGGAUACACCCAACUCCUCCAUCCCUAGUGUACAAAUUCUCCAACAAAUGAACAACCCCGUGCAAUUUAACAUUUUGCAGGACCAAUCUCAGUCGCCCAGUUCAAACAGUCCUCCUAAUCGCCACACCCCAUGCCGUCUCAGCGGUUCAAGCAGCCCAGACGUUUCAAACGGUCUGUUAAAGCACGUUGGACCCCCAGCCACCCUCUCCUUCUCUACUCGAGAAGCCCUGGAGCAUGCCCAAUGGUGUGUUGUCCAGACCCAUUGGGAGCAGUUGAAGCAGAUAGAGUCUAUGUGUCAUAGAGAGGGGACAUUGCUGUGCCAACAGUCUGACGUGGACUUUAGGGAGUUACGUUCAUAAACUGGAGGAGAUCAUGGAGCAGAAAGCUGUGUGCGUUCGGAGCCUGAGAUCUCUGCAACAGCCCUACCUCACCCAACUGAAAAAUCAUUGUUGAAAACUAUUAGUCAUUUUCAAUUCAUGGAGUGAAUUUCAAUUCAGUUCUGUUUCUGAAUUGAAAGCUGAAAUGACCCCAAACCUGUCUGACGUACCUUAAGUUACACCAGGCAAAUAAUUUGUGUGGGUGUGGAGUGAACUUGUGUGGAGUGAGCUGUAUUUUUUUAAACAGUAGCCUACAGGAACAAACACUUAUAGUCAAUACCUUCGUGAUUAAGGCACUGUACUACUUUAGCCUGUAUCACAAAUAAUGAGAUUCCCAUAGAGAAUGAUAGAGUCCUCUAGUGGCCAAAAGGCCAUAUUAGCAUGGACAGCACCAUUGAGGGCUUCCACCAUUAUAAUGUAGUCAACUGGGUGGGACUUCCAACUUCAUUGUCUAAUGCCUCCUGGUGACUCUGUCGGAGUCAUGUCCAACCCUGGUAAUCAGGAGGGAUCAGCCAAUUGUGAAGAAGAAAAUGUGCUACAUCAAAAUGGAGAUCGCCUCAAUGGUGCUGCCCAUGCUGUCACAGACGCUAUAAUGGCACAGAUACAAAGAUGAGUCCUCUAUCUCUAUGGAGAUUCCCAACCUCUGUCAUUUCAAUAAUUUUGCUACGAGUAACUUACCAUAAAAAGUUAUGGAAUCAUAAUGAUGUACUUUGGUAGUUUAGUUAGUCUAUCCACGAGAGAUUAAAUAUACAUGGAAGAAAAAUCACUUUUUUAUGUGGUAGGCCUGUCCUCUGUGGUUGGUCUUUGAAAUGCAGGCGCAAAGAAGAUGUCUGCCAGUUGUUCAUCUGUCUUGCCAGCAGAUGGAGGUACUGUGUGUGAAAAUCCUAGUUUUCAGAGUAGAACAUGUAUUGCACAAUUCACUCAAAAAGAAAAGUCACAUGCUUUGUAAAACAACCUGGUGUCGACUAAAAGUGAAAUGUUUACUUGCAUGUCCUUUUCCAACAAUGCAGAGUUAAGAUAAAUAUAUAAAAUUGAUAUGACACAAGGCAUAAAUACACAGUGAAUAACAAAAAUCUUGAGUAAAAAUAGCACGGCUAUAUACAGGGAGUACCAGUACUGAGUUGAUGUGCAGGGGUAUGAAGUAAUUGAGAUAGCUAUGUACUUAUAGGUAGGGGUAAAGUGAACUAGUCAACAGGAUAGAUACUAGACCGUAGAGUAUAUGUUGAGUGUGAAAGUGUGUGUGUGUGGUGUCAGUAUGUAUGUGUGUGUGGGCGUUUGUGGUGUCAGUGUAAGUAUGUGUGAGUGUCCAGUGUUUGUGCAUAAAAGGAUCAAUGCAGGUAGGGGAGCCAUUUUAUUAGCUAUUUAGCAGUCUUGUUUAGCAAUCUUAUGGCUUGUGGGUAGAAGCUGUUUCAGGGUUCUGUUGGUUCUAGACUUAGUGCGCUAAUACCGCUUACUGUGCGGUAGCAGAGAGAACCGUCUAUGGCUUGGGUGGCUGGAGUCUGACAAUAUUUUGGGCCUUUCUCUGACAACGCCUGGUAUAGAGGUCCUGGAUGGAAGGUAUCUCGGCCCCAGGGAUGUACCCCAGUGAUGCCGUACUUACCACCAAUGUUCCCUCUAAUUUUUCUCGGCACAGCGGAUUUCAAGUCUACUGAGAGCAAACUUUAACAUUGUGAAAAUUCUGUUCAACUUCCAGCAUGCGUUUACUGUGAACACUGAGGCUGUACCUGCUUUAUGUUACAGUUUUAACAGUGGCCAUGUAGGCUACUUGAUCGUAAUGUAGGCAUACCAGAGUGACCUACAAUCAAAAGCAAUGGCACACCAUAACAUUUUAACGCGGAAAUAGCUGUUCUCAUUCAGCCUACAGUAGCAGCCAAUGUGUGGUGUUCAAUGUAGGCCUAAAUUCCAUGAAACCUUUGAAGAAAAUAUGCAGGGCUUGACAUUAACCUGUUAUCCACCUGUCCUUCAGGCAAGGAGUUCAUUGGAAAUGUUGUUGUGUUGUUUGAUGCAAGAAACCACUUUACAAAAUAAAAUAAUUAUUUCCAUGCCAUUACAGAGAAUCAGACAAAUGAUGCUACCCUCUGCCCAUUGGCUACUUAGUUUGUUCAAGCAUGUCUCAAAAUAUAACACUGCCCCUCUAGGAGAAAAAAAGUAUCACUCCCCUAUUGCUGACUAAAAUGAUCUAUAACUGGGCUAAUAACUCACUAACUAGGACAUGAACAGAAUGUGCACACUUGGCUACAUGAAGCUCUCGCUUUGAUCUCAAAACAAGCGCAUCUAUAGUACCAGUCAUAAGUUUGGACACACC